UUUAAUUUUAUUUCUACUAUUACUAGUCAACUGUUAUCCGAUGAGCAGAGACAAUUUAAUUAAUAAAAUUAGUAUAAAGGAAGAGAAACACUUUCCCAACGGCACUGUUACUGGCCAUUAUAAGUACGUAGAUAAGGAAGGAGUUCCUGUGCACGUAAGGUAUUACGCAGACGAUGCGGGAUAUGGCGUUGAAUUGAAAAGUAUGAAAGUCUACGAUACAAACAAUGAUCAAGACAACACACAUUUAGAAAAGCAACAAAAACUAGAUAGUCUGUGGCCUCCUCUGGAUUCUUCAACUGACUUCUCACAAGAUUAUCCAAACACUGUAAACAACCCUACGAAUACAACCAAAAACAAGUUCCUAUCACUUAAUGAUUUAGCUAAAGGUAAUAAGGCUCUUUAUCCAAAGAAGGCGUACAAAAACUCACCGGAUUAUGAAAUAUAUUUGCAAAAUGAAGUACACGCACCGAAAUGUGGUCAGAAUAAAGUGAGGAUUUACAUUGACAAGGGCAAACGAAAAUCUCGUGAAGCAUCUAAUGUGGCUACUUAUAAGUAUUUCGAUUAAUUCUAUUAUUACUAUUCUAUUUUCAAAUAAAAUAAAAUUAAAA